AUGACCCACCAAUCCCGGCUAGACGACGAGCGAUGGAAAGAAUACAUGAAAGAAUUGCAAGACUUUAAACAAAAGUUUGGACAUUGCAAAGUCCCUCAAAAGUAUGCCAAACUUGGACAAUGGGUCCAUCAUGUACGGUGCGCACAAAAGGCCUUGCAACAUGGCAAACCGUAUUCCCUCAAGUUGACUCCCCCACGAAUUGCCGAACUCGAGGCGAUUGGCUUUGUUUGGGGAGAAUCCAGACCGGCUUGGAACGACCAUGUGGAGGAUUUGAAGCAAUUUCGACAGCAACAUGGACAUACUCUGGUUCCAGCCAACUUUCCAGAGAAUACUGGUCUCUCCAAGUGGGUCCGGCGAGUUCGAGUGGCUUAUUCGCUCAUGCAACAGGGAAAAUUCAAAAAGGGUGCCACCAUCAAGCUUGACGAGUCACGAAUGAAGCAGCUCAAGGACGUUGGAUUUGUAUGGAAUACCAAGAGCAAGAAUGGUACACCUACUGGUAGUACUAGUGGUGUUGGCGGUGUUGGCACUAGCAGUGAUAGUACUGGUAGCGCCGGUGGUGGGGCUACUGCCACGAGCAAUGAUGUCGCGGCAUUUGUCGUGGAUGGUACUGGUCAUGGUGUCGGCAAUCAUGAUCAUGACCACGAUGGUGAGCCUGAUCCCUUCCAUCAUGCUCAAUCAGUACCACCACAACAUCAACGAGACAAUGCUACUACUAUUGGUGGUGUGGAUCAUCGAAUCUCCCAAGGAUAUCCUCUUGGUGCAACAGCUCGAGGACGGAGUACUGGUGGUGCCCAUAACAAGAGACGUCGGACCGAUGACUCAUCAUCCACCACAUCCAAACUGUGUCCCGAAGGUGUUCGCAUUCAAGAAGAACUACACCUAUCUCAAGAAAGAUGUAGUCAGCUGGAAGAACAGACGAGAGAAAUGGAACACAAGUUCAAGGAACAACAAGAGGUGGCGGAAUUUAGACGUAUACAGAAUGAAGGUCUUUGGGAUGAAAAUGAAAAACUGCGUCGAGAAAUUGCGGAUCUCAAGGCGGGGCGAUUGGUGUUCCAACAUUGGAAUCGAUGA